GCGUCGGGGGCGGGGCUCUCGGCAAAGCCGCCCGAGUGCAGCUCAGCCCAGCCCGUCGGCGGGGACUGAAGCAGCGCGGACCGGAAGUCUCGCGGGCGCGCCGGCGGCGGAGCGGUUACCGCAGCGCGCCGGAAGUGGCCUUGGGCCGGAGUCCGGGCGGCGCCCGCAGUGAGCGAGCUUUCCUCCGGCCGGCGACGCCAUGGAGCCCGGGGCAGCCGAGCUGUACGACCAGGCCCUGCUGGGCAUCCUGCAGCACGUGGGCAAUGUCCAGGACUUCCUGCGCGUCCUCUUCGGCUUCCUCUACCGCAAGACCGACUUCUACCGCCUGCUGCGCCACCCGUCCGACCGUAUGGGCUUCCCGCCGGGGGCCGCGCAGGCGCUGGUGCUGCAGGUAUUCAAAACCUUUGACCUCAUGGCCCGUCAGGAUGAUGAAAAGAGGAGAAAGGAGCUGGAGGAGAAAAUCAGGAGAAAGGAAGAAGAGGAGGCCAUGGCUGUGGCAGCUGCGGCAGCUGAGCAGGAGCCAGCCCCAGCCCCAGCUCCAGCCCAGGAGGUGGAAAUCGACUCUACCACGGACUCGGGAGGGCCUCAGGGACCUCCAGGCCCACAGGGCGCCGUGCAGGAGGUGGCCCAGGGCUCCAGGAAGGCAGAGCCGCCGGGAGCAGAUGCUGGUGCUGCCCAAGUCCCGAGGGAACCAACAGCUCUUCCCAAGAGACAGGAACAGUUCCAGAGAAACCCCGACAGCUACAAUGGCGCUGUGCGCGAGAACUACACCUGGUCGCAGGACUACACCGACUUGGAGCUCAAGGUGCCGGUGCCCAAGCAUGUGGUGAAGGGCAGGCAGGUCUCGGUGGCCCUCAGCAGCAGCUCCAUCCGGGUGGCUGUACUAGAGGGGAAUGGGGAGCGUGUCCUCAUGGAAGGAAAGUUCACCCACAAGAUCAACACUGAGAGCUCUCUCUGGAGCCUUGAGCCUGGGAAGUGCGUUUUGGUGAGCCUAAGCAAGGCGGGCGAGUACUGGUGGAGCGCCAUCCUGGAGGGGGAGGAGCAUAUCGACAUUGACCAGAUCAACAAGGAGCGAUCCAUGGCCACAGUGGACGAGGAAGAGCAUGCUGUGUUGGACAGGCUCACCUUCGACUACCACCAGAAGCUGCAGGGCAAGCCACAGAGCCACGAGCUGAAAGUCCAUGAGAUGCUGCAGAAGGGGUGGGAUGCUGAAGGCUCUCCCUUCCGAGGCCAGCGAUUCGACCCGGCCAUGUUCAACAUCUCCCCAGGGGCUGUGCAGUUUUAAAACUGAAGGAAAGGAAGCCCUCGCCAGCGGCAGGCCUGGGCUCCCUCCUGUCUGGGCCUCACUGUCUGGCUCACCCUCACCAACCUUUCUUUCGAGGGUGAACCCAAUCUCUGCCCCUCCCUGCAUCUCCAGACUGUUCCAGAGCAGGGUGGGCCGAGAGGGUGUUGGAGAGCAAGGGCCGUCCCAGCAGACAUAGCUCUGGCCCCUGUCGCCCCCGUUACCUGUGCUCUGCCUGCUGCUCUUUGCGCUUUGCUUGCUUUUCUUGUGUAGGGGGCGGGGCAUGAGUGUGAGACCGGCUUUUGAAGCUGGGCGGAGGGGCCGCUCUCCUGGGCAGUUUGGGGAACCCUCAGCCGUGACAUCUUACUGGGUGCGUUUAUGUGCGGUCUCACUACUCUGCUUGUAAGUGUCCAGCGCCUGCCUCAGCCUCGUCGUGGAGCAGCAGAAAGUGGAGUUCUGGAUGUUGAGAGAAAGUCUCGUGGCCUCAGGCUUGGCACAGCAGGAUCUGUCUGUCUUCUGACUGGGUGGCCCUGCUCCCACCUGACCUGGCACUUUCCUCUUGUGGGACUGAUUCUCAUCCAAGUGCGCCAGGCCAGGCUCUGUCAGGAGACCACGGCCCCUGGUCCCUUCUCGGCUGAGGCCAGAUCACGCUGCGCGGAGCUCACAGCUCUGUUCCCACCGCUCUCCCAGGACCUGGAGCCCCCACCCCAAUCCUAGAGGGCCCUGUGUACGUGUCACCAGGACCACGGGGCUGCCUUGUUGGGUGGUCACCUUGCAGGUCUCCACACCCUGCAGCCUGCCCUUGUGGGCUCUGUCCACUGGGCUGGGGGAGGAGGAGCCCUGUCUGGAAGGUGGUCCUUCCAGAGACUGCCACCUUCAUUGCAGUCUGACUCACAGGGUGGCUGACAGCCCUGUAAGAAGCAUCCCUGAGUCCCUGAUCACUCUGAUGCCAUUGCUGGAGGUGCAGAUACGAGGUGGCUGGUGGGAGUACUGCCAAGGGGACACAGCUCUGUUGUCUACAGUCAUCACCGAGGCUGCCCAUGGAGCUGCCAAGACCCUUCUUCAGGGCCCCUAGGAUUUUCAUGUCCGUCCCACAUGGCAAAAGGUCUCAUGGCAGGCGUCUGCCUGAGAACCCUUCUCACAUGUCUUAUCCCCCCGGCCACCCCAUGUGGGGUCUUCCGGAGUGACAAGGUGGGGUGUGGCGCACCGGCACUUGGCUACUGGGGAGACUUUGGGAGCUGUGGACUCCGUUGUCAGUUGUCUUCCUCUCGCCUGAUUUUAUUUUCAGUGUUGCAUUUCUCCCCACCCUGCCCACUGUAACAGCAGUGUACCGUGUCUGGGAGUGGCAGGCUGGGGGGUUGCUGGUCGCACAUGGCUGAUUACGGGUCAGCCUUGCUGUCUUGCGGACAUCCUCUGCUCCUUGCUGCCAGCCUAGGCCCUGGAGCUGGUGCACUCUACCUGUUUUCUCUCUUUAGACACGACAGCAGCACAUUGGCCCCUGAGCUCCAUCAGCUGAGGUCUGCAGAAAGCAGGGUGCCCACCUGCGAAGUUGCCGCGUCUCCAGUGUUGGUUUGCAAUAAAACUGUAUUUAAGCAUC